AUCGAACGCCUCAUACGGGCGGGACACUUGAAGGAAUUUGUCAUUCGUGACCGACCGCGGGGCAAAGAAAGAAGAAGGUGCAGGGAAAAUUCUGUGGCGAGGAGUGAUAGGGACGAUGAUGAGGAAGAUGAUACCAGGAGAGAAAGAAAGAAACGACCAAACGAUGGUCGGGAGAACCUGAGGGAAGAGGCGCCUGUGAAGAGGGGCACAAUUUACAUGAUCUCAGGAGGACCAACAGAUGGAGAUUCGAAUAAUGUGCGAAAAGGGCAUGUACGGGCGGUGAAGCGUAAAAGGGAGGAAGUCGGGAUAACUGGUCGAAUGCCGGUGAUAAGCUUUCGAGCAGAGGAUGCGGAAGGAAUCUUGUUACCUCAUAACGACGCGCUGGUCAUCACAGCCGAAGUGGCAGGUUUUGAUGUGAAAAGAAUAUUCAUCGACACCGGGAGCUCGGUCGACGUAAUGUUUUAUGAUUGUUUCGCCCAAAUCAACAAACACCUGAAUCUGGAGUUGAAACCAGUCGCGACAGCUUUAUAUGGAUUCAACGGUGAAGAGGUAAUGCAUAUGGGCGAAGUGAGCCUGACCGUAGCAUUGGGGACGGGCGACUCGAGGAAAGUGAGAAUGAUCAGGUUUGUGGUGGUCGGAGCAGAAUCGUCUUAUAAUAUCAUUUUGGGGCGAACGGGUCUGAAUGCGUUCCAGGCGGUCGUGUCUACUUACCACAUGACGAUCAAAUAUCCUGUGGGGGAAAAGGUGGGCGAGAUUGCAGGGGACCAGCUCACAUCGAGGAGUUGCUAUCAGACCACAGUCAGUAACAACAAACAUAUGGCGGAAAGGCAGUCGAAAGGUAAGGAAGUGAGGCCUGAUCGACCGGGAGGGUCGCGAAUAAAAGAGGAGAGAGGAGGACAAGGCAAAGGGAAGGAGAAGAUAGACAUACAGCCCGGAGAGAAGAUUGAGGAAAUCCAAAUGGUGCAGGGAUGCGAUGACCGAAAAUUCAGAAUUGGGAAAGAUUUGGGUGAGCCAAUCAGGUCGAAGUUGAUCAAUUUGAUAAGGGAAUUCACGGACGUCUUCGCGUAUACAACGGAUGAAUUAACGGGGAUCGAGGCCAGGGUGAUCGAGCACAGACUUAAUAUUGAUCUCAGUGUGAGACCAGUGAAGCAAAAGAGAAGGCAUCAUGGAGCAGAAAUGGACAAAAUCAUCGAGCAGGAGGUCGACAAGCUGAUGAACGCUGGGCACAUCCGGAAGAUUCAAUUCCCCGAGUGGUUAUCUAACACUGUAAUGGUGUCCAAAGCGGGAGGAAAGUGGAGAAUGUGCAUUGAUUUUCGUGACCUGAAUAAGGCUUGCCCAAAAGAUCUAUACCCGCUACCAAGGAUCGACCAGCUGGUAGACUCUACAGCGGGAUGCGAAUUGCUAAGCUUGAUGGACGCCUCGCAGGG